UUUACAAGUUAGUAGUAUAACUCCUAAAGAUAAUUUCCUAACUUCCCUGUUCGCUAAACAUGGCAACUUUCAACAGAAUACUUAUUGCCCUUUUUAGCAUUGCCUGUUUCACGCUUUCCACCAAUGUCGCGGAUGCAACUUACACUGGAAUCACUAGGCACUACAAGUUUGAUAUCAAGCUGCAAAAUGUGACAAGACUAUGCCACACCAAGAGCAUUGUGACAGUUAAUGGGGAAUUUCCAGGGCCUCGUAUAGUUGCUAGAGAGGGUGAUCGACUCAUUAUCAAAGUCGUCAACCAUGUACAGAACAAUAUUACCAUCCAUUGGCAUGGGAUCAGGCAGCUACGAAGUGGAUGGGCAGAUGGGCCAGCAUAUAUAGCACAGUGCCCCAUACAAACUGGUCAGACUUAUACAUACAACUUCACCAUUGUUGGUCAGAGAGGCACGCUUUGGUGGCAUGCCCAUAUUUCUUGGCUCAGAUCAACCCUUUAUGGACCUAUUAUUAUCCUCCCUAAGAGCGGUGUUCCUUACCCUUUUCCCCACCCCUAUAAGGAAGUUCCUCUUAUCUUUGGAGAGUGGUGGAAUGCAGAUCCUGAGGCAGUCAUUGCCCAAGCAUUGCAAACGGGAGGUGGCCCAAAUGUAUCGGAUGCCUACACCAUCAACGGCCUUCCUGGACUUUUAUACAACUGCUCAGCUAAAGACACAUUCAAAUUGAGCGUAAAACCAGGCAAAACUUAUCUCCUAAGGAUAAUAAAUGCUGCACUCAAUGAUGAACUUUUCUUUAGCAUAGCCAACCACACUCUCAUAACAGUGGAUGUUGAUGCCGUCUAUGUAAAACCUUUUGAGACAGACACAAUUAUCAUAACUCCCGGGCAAACCACCAAUGUCCUCCUCAAGACAAAGCCCUAUCACCCUAAUGCCACCUUCCUCAUGAUGGCCCGGCCUUAUGUUACAGGAAACGGCACCUUUGACAAUUCUACUGUUGCUGGUAUCCUUGAAUACCACCAUCCAAAACCAUCGACUUCAAUCAAGAAGCUUCCUCUCUUCAAGCCCACCCUGCCAGCUCUAAGAGACACAUCUUUUGUUACCAACUUCACCAACAAACUUAGAAGCCUAGCAAAUGCCCAAUACCCGGCAAAUGUACCAAAGAAUGUUGAUAAACACUUCUUCUUCACAGUAGGGUUAGGAACCAACCCAUGCCCUAAAAACCAUACAUGUCAAGGCCCAACAAAUACCACCAUGUUUGCAGCAUCUAUUAACAACGUCUCCUUUGUCAUGCCUACAAAAGCUCUCCUACAAGCACACUUCCUCCGCCAAUCAAACGGGGUUUACACCACCAAUUUACCGUCGUCCCCGCUAAUUCCCUUCAACUACACCGGUACUCCACCUAACAACACAAAUGUGAUAGACGGGACAAAAGUGGUUAUGCUUCCAUUUAAUACCAGUGUGGAGCUAGUGAUGCAAGACACUAGCAUAAUUGGGUUAGAAAGCCACCCCCUUCAUUUGCAUGGGUUCAACUUCUUUGUGGUGGGACAAGGCUUUGGAAACUUUGAUCCUAAAAAAGACCCUGUUAAGUAUAACCUUGCUGACCCUGUUGAGAGGAAUACUGUCGGUGUGCCAGCUGGAGGGUGGGUUGUCAUUCGCUUCUUUGCAGACAAUCCAGGAGUGUGGUUCAUGCAUUGCCAUUUGGAAGUUCACACGAGCUGGGGCUUGAAGAUGGCCUGGGUAAUUGAGGAUGGAAAACUGCCUAACCAGAAGCUGCCAGCGCCCCCAUCUGAUUACCCAAAAUGCUGAAAGUGAUUCAUCAUUCAUCUGAGAAUUUUUCUACGACUCCUCUAGCAGAGAAUUGUCCCCCUCCUGAUUUCUGUUCAAUAAUUCUAGUGCCACUAAUUUUCUUUUUGUCAGACCUAUAGAGGAAAGAGUGGUCAAUUUGCUGUAGAAAGUUUUCUUUUCAAAUUUUCCCAUUCUGCAUUGUUUUUCCAUUAAAUUUUCCUUGUUU